AUGGUGAUCAUGCUAAUUCAUGACCAUGGAUUUAAUAAUCUAGGGUUCAAUUCUUCUCCGGUUGCCUAUCUAAGUAAAGCGGCCACAGGCACAAAUCUUUUAAUUGGAGCAAAUUUUGCUUCAGCUGCUUCUGGAUAUGAUGAUUCCACAGCUAACUUAUAUCUUGCUAUAUCAUUAUCGAAGCAAUAUUAUGGCGAAUAUCAAUCGAGAGUUGUCGGAAUGAUAGGGCAAGCAAAAGCUUCGUCAAUAUUUUCCAAUGCACUUUACAUAAUCAGCGUAGGGACUAGUGACUUGAUACAAAAUUAUUAUAUUAGUCCCAUUCUACAAGCUACCUAUCCAAAUAUUCACCAAUAUUUUAACACUCUUCUCAGAAAUUAUGAACAAUUUAUUGAGAAUUUGCAUUCGAUGGGAGCCAGAAGAAUUGGAGUGGCUUCACUAGCACCGCUAGGGUGUUUGCCCGGAGCCAUAACAAUAUUUGGAUUUGGAAACAAUAAUUAUUGUGUGGAUAGGCUCAAUUAUGAUGCCAUGUAUUUCAACACAAGAUUAAAUUCCACUUCCCAAAUCCUAAGGAACAGAUUGUCUAACCUGAAUUUGCUUGUGUUAGACAUAUACCAACCUCUCUACAACUUAAUUGUCAAUAAUCCUAUACAAAAUGGGUUUUAUGAGACGAGAAAGGGUUGUUGCGGAUUAGGGACGGUAGAAACGGCAUUACUUUGUAAUUCAUUAGCUAUUGGAACAUGUUCAAAUGCAUCCGAUCAUAUUUUUUGGGAUGCUUUUCAUCCAUCAGAUGCAGCUAACAAUUUACUUUCUAGUUAUAUGACUACUGCUGGUGCUUCCCUCCUCAACUAAUUAAUUAAUAAUUAAUUUGUCACAUUAAUAUUAUAAUUAUGAUUAUGAUUAUUUUUCUUAUCAUUUAA